AUGUCUACCAAAAUAGGCGGAAUGCGCAAGCCGGUUGAGGAAAAGGCGCUGCUAUCGGAGCUCAGCAGAAUGUUCCACCUGCUGAAGGCGAACCGAAAAGAGCAACGAAAUGGACGCGAGGCUGCCACAGCAGCGGCAGCCUCGAGUGCAGGUGUGUGCACGACAGGCGCUAAAGCCUCGAAAAGGGCCACGCGCGAUGUACGCCGGGGCUCGCAGCGGCGCAGCAGGCGCGGCGGGUCCAUUUGGAUUGUGCUGAAGGGUGGCUUUGGCCCGAGGAGUGUGCCGACCGCGGCGCAGGCGGAGAGGGUUGACACUCGUGCUAACGGCCGAGCUCUACUCUCGGAAAGGCGGCGCGCGGCGGCGCUCAAGGAGGCUGAGGCAUACAUUCAGAGCGCAUGGCAGCAGGCACAAGAGGCGGAACUCCUCACCAAGGACGGCACACCGACGGAGGAGGGUGACGCCUACCUCGCCGAGCAGUACGCCAUGGCGUCGCGAAUGCUUUGCCCUCGUACCACUGGCGCUCAUCUCUCUCAGCUCGUCUCUAACCACUGCAGCAGUGGGUUGGACAACGCUGUCACGGGGGCCACGCACGGCCAACCCGCGUACGUGCUGACCCGCAGCGAAUGGGAGGAUCUCUGCACACGCGAGGCGGCUAUACUUUUCCGUUAUCGCACGAGUGCCACACCCUGUGGGACGGCGGAGGACUAUUUCAAGGAGCAGCAACAGGCCCGCGAGAAUACCUACCACUUUGCCACGGCGGAGCCGACGACGAGGGCUGGCGAUAUCGUACCGACCAAAUGUCUCGUGCGCAUCCGUGACAGCCAAAGAGAGAAGCACACGUGCAUUCUGAGCACUCCCAAGUCAGUGAACUACUUUAAAUCCAACUUUGGCCAGGUUCUGCGGAAGGAGCUCAGCGGAUCGCGUCUGCCACGUGGCAGUACCGCCGACGAGGCGGCGGCGGCCGCCAGCGCCAAUACUAGCAGGGGAAAUCAUCAAGCGACGCUGCAGCCUGGUGCGGCGACAAACAGCUCGAGUAGCGGUAAGAGGAGAAGGCGACGCUAA